CAUCGGAGAUUGCAUCUGUGAACGAAAUCAAAAUGCUGCAUGUUUUAAGGUUAACCAACUAGCCAAAAACAAACACAUGAUACCGAAAAGAUAAAAGUCAAAGACCAUAAGUCCAAAAUAAAUAGAUGAAACCAAUAACCAUGAGAAAGAGAGCCAACCUUGGGCUGAAUCUCCAAGGUGUUGGAAACUGCAUUGAGCUACCAAAGAAGAAACCUUCCUCUUCUGUCAAUUCAGUUAAAUUUCUGAGUAAUGCAGAAUCCUCGUUUCAUUCUCCUCUCUGUUGUUUUCCAAUUUCCUCGCCAAUAUUACAGUUUAGGAAGUCUCCAUCUCAGCAUUAAUCAAACCAAAAUCUUCCACUUCUGCCAAAUCAGCUCAAAUUAGCCAAAAAUGAAGAGUAAUCGUCCCAUUCUUAUCUUUCUUGUUCUCCACUUUCUUAUUCACCUUACCCAUCCAUUAUUCUUCAACCUCAAAGAUUUUGGCAGUCAUGUAAACUGGUUAGCCUAUCAAGGUGAUGCUGAGUACUUGGCUACAGGUUUUCAACUCAACAAGCAAGAUAAACCCUGCAGCGUUGCCCGGGCCACCUAUAUUGAACCCCUCUAUUUGUGGGACGACUCCACCAAGACAGUUACAGAUUUCACAACACGAUUCUCGAUCACCACCAUCGGUCUCGAAGGCAAUGACUAUGCUGAAGGGAUAGCCUUUUUUCUUGCUCCAGUGGGAUAUCCGAUCCCGCCAAAUUCGUGUGAGUACCUGGCAUUGAUGAACUCAUCAAAUUUAAUUCUCGGCAAUCCGAGUCCUGUGGUCAUGGUGGAGUUCGACACACACGUGAACGAUUGGGAUCCGAAAACUGAGCACAUUGGGAUCAAUAACAGCUCCAUUAGAUCAGCGGCUACAGCCAAAUGGGAUAGAGACAAGGAAAUUAAUGACGAAAUUCAGGUCUUGAUUACUUACAAUGCUACAAUCAAGAACCUGACAGUGUUCUGGGCAUACGAGAAAAGACUAGAUUUCAGGCCAGAUUCUUCGCUUACUCACCACAUUGAUCUGACUGAGAUUCUUCCCCAGUGGGUCACGGUUGGAUUCUCAGGGUCAACGGGACAAGGGACAGAGGCACACUUCAUUAACUAUUGGACAUUCAACUCCACCUUGGAGCAACGUGGAGUAAUAUCACCAGAACCAAAACCGACGCCAGCUCCAACCAAGAAUGAACGUUUCCGGUUCAGAAAGUUGCAUUUCUUAGUGUCUACUGCAGUUUCUCUCUGUUCUCUGUUGCUUGGUGGUGGUUUGUCUUUGUUUCUACUGAUGAAGUGGAAAACCUGGAAGAAAACCAGCGGAAAGUCGGCCACUUCUUUGAAUACUGAUCUGGAGAGAAGAGCUUUACCAAAGAAGUUUACUUAUGCGGAGCUUUCUACGGCUACCAAUGGGUUUGCAGAUGGAAGGAGGCUAGGCGAGGGAGGUUCAGGACUUGUCUACAGAGGGAACUUGAGCGAUUUAGACCUCCAUGUUGCAGUUAAGAGAAUCCAUGCACAAUCUGGAAACUCUGGGGAUCUAUUCAUCAAUGAAGUGAAGAUCAUAAGCCGGGUAAUACACAGAAACUUGGUUCCAUUCAUUGGAUGGUGCAAUGAGCAAGGUGAAUUCUUACUAGUCUACGAAUAUAUGCCUAAUGGCAGCCUCGAUUCUCAUCUCUUUGGUAAUGGGAGAACCCUGCAAUGGAACUUGAGAUACAACAUAGCUCUUGGCUUGGCCUCAGCCCUCCACUAUCUCCAUGAAGAGGUUGAGAAAUGUGUCCUUCAUAGAGAUGUUAAGCCAGAGAACAUACUUCUCGACAUGGAUUUCACAGCAAAGCUAGGCGACUUUGGGAUCGCCAAACACAUAGACACACGGUUUCCGCUCCUCAUGACGAAUCCUGUGGGGACUCAUGGUUAUGUGGCUCCUGAAUACCUAGCAGAUGGAAAGGCAAGCAAACCUGCUGAUGUGUUCAGCUUUGGGGUUGUGGGUCUGGAACUUGCUUGUGGGCAGAGGAAUUACAGAGAUGGUGAUCCUUUGCUCUUGGUUAAAGAGGUUUGGGCACAUCAUAAAAAUGGGAAUGUUCUUGAUGCUGCCGAUGGGAAAUUGAGGAUGGAAUUUGAUAGCAAGGAAAUGAGGUGCUUGUUGAACGUGAGUUUAUUGUGUACUCACCCUACUGAAAGUGAAAGGCCCUCAGCUGCUCAGGUUAUCCAGUUUCUCAAGUUCGAAGUGCCGAUGCCAGAGCUGCCUCGGAUGAUGCAUGAUCCUGUAUUCCUUUUCCACUUGGAUGCCACUGAAAGAAGAACAAAGUAAACUUACAGGCAUACAAUGCAUUUGGCCAUUCAAAAUGAAGACAAAAGAACAGGUGAACAGAUGCAAUUUUGUUAUAGGGUACAUUCUUACACUUCUGUAUCUGUCUCAGGGAGUCAUUUCUAUUCAUGAUAUAGUACAAAUUCCAGCUCAUUUUGCAUUUGGGGUCUGGAAAAUCUUUCCCUGGGACAACUGCUGCUUAUGAUAAACAAAGAGGCAUCAG